GGGUACAUGCGUCACUUCCGUCUGUAGCUGUACACCACCUUCAUAUGGUAAUGGUGAAAGCUCUUUGCAUGUCAAAACGACUUUUCUAGAAAGACCAGGGUCAUAAACCAAGACGCAAACCGUCGCUCAGGAACAUAGUUGCGGCCAUAACGCAAUUGUAGAUAAUAGUCAACCUAUUUACUUAAUCGGUUUAGCUUGCUAACGUUAGCUAGCUAAUCAUCACGUUCGUUCCUUUUGGUCGCCGGCAUUUGCGAUUCAUUUAGCUAGCUAGUUAGCUGACGUUAGCAAGCUUCGGGGACUCAAUUGUACAGCUUGUUUGAUAGUAAGUUACUACUGUUGCUAACAUUAGCUAGCCACCACUGUCGUCAUGGCUAAAUGGGGAGAAGGGGAUCCACGCUGGAUCGUGGAGGAGAGAGCCGAUGCAACAAACGUCAACAACUGGCAUUGGACGGAGCGUGAUGUGACAGGCUGGUCGACAGACAAGCUGAAGGAGCUCCUGUUGGGGCUGCGCGUGGAGGGACCCGAGGGGAGCUGCGAGGUCACCGACGUCCCGACGCUGGACGGCGAGGCGUCCAUCAACAACCGCAAGGGAAAGCUCAUCUACUUCUAUGAGUGGAACGUCAAGGCGACGUGGACCGGAACAUCAAACACCGGAAUCAAGUACAAAGGGAACAUUGACGUUCCCAACCUCUCCGAUGAAAAUGACAUGGACGACCUAGAUAUCAGUGUGGUUCUCUGCAAGGAUGAACCCGAUACACCUCUCACCGAACUCAUGAGGAAGGAGGGAGCAAAGAAAGUGCGAGCUGCCCUGGGGAGCUAUGUUGGCCACCUGAAAUCAGAGUUCACCCAGGGCAUGAUCCUGCCCACGGCGAAUGGGGCGGCGAGCAAGCCACAGCCAUCGCAGACAAAGGUCAAAGUUGACAAAACCCAGAUUGGUCCCUCUGUUUCUGCUCCACCAUCAAGCACAGGGGUCAAGAUUUCAACCUGCAAGUUUAGUCUCAAGGAAACCUUCCUCACCUCACCUGAUGAGCUGUACAGAACCUUCAUCAACCAAAACAUGGUCCAGGCGUUCACCCAUGCUGCAGCUGUGGUCGACGGAGAAAAAGGAGGGAAGUUUCAGCUGCUCGAGGGGAGUGUCAACGGAGAGUUUACAGAGCUGGUCCCAGAUGAGAAGAUUGUUAUGAAAUGGAGGUUCAAGACCUGGCCAUGUGAGCACUAUGCGACUAUCACUCUAAACAUGAAGGAUCGAGGCAAUGAGACUGAGCUGAAGAUGGAAUGUAAAGAUGUCCCUACUGGAGAAGAGGAUAGGACGAAGGAGGGUUGGAAGAGAUACUACUUUGAAGCCAUCAAACAAACUUUUGGAUUCGGGGCCCGACUCUACUGAGAUUGACUCUAAGUCAUGAACAAAACAAAAAAGAGAACCUGAUUAUUUAAUGUGAAUGAAUAAAUACUCUCUUUGGCACUGUUUCUUGUAGCACUAGCCAUACUGUGUGUGUAGACAAACGGUGCAUUUUCCACUUGGAAGACUGGCUUGCAGUGUAAGGGUCAGUGGUUCAAGGCUUCCUUUGAGGCCGCUUACCUCACCGAGUCUAAGCAAAGGAGAUGUAGAAACAAUCACUCGAAUGACAGUAUAUUUACGUGCUGACAGUAUUUGGAAUUAAUGAUUAGUAUUCUCUAUCCAAUUCUGCACAUUUUGAAGUGUCGUGCUGAAAUAAAUGCGAUUUUUACUGGA